AUGAACGGUGAUACCUAUUCGUCUCGUGGAGAAUCUGGUCGCCCCAGGGACUACUACCGCGACGAGAGACGCGAACGUGGCGGAGAAAGAGGAGAACGGAGACGAUCCAGAUCGCCCCACUACAGCUCACGAGGUUCCAGACGCGAAGCCGAAGCCGACUCAUACUCGUCCAGCCGGGACUAUCGCGCCAGGGAACGGGAAGACCGCUACUCGAGUCGCAGGGAUGAUCGGGACUAUGAUCGAGAGCGCGGUGAUCGCCGACGCAGGGAGCAUGAUGAACGACCAGCUCGCCGCGAGAGAGAUAGAGAUCUGUUUGACGAGAGGCCGAGACGGGAGAGAGGAGAGCGUGGCGGAGAGCGCGGCGAGCGCGAUCGCGGAGGCAGGGAUCGCAAAAGGAGUCCCUCUCCUUCGCGCAAGAGGGAGGCGACCCCCGACUUGACCGAUGUCCAGUCCGUAUUGACUCGGAAACGGCGUCUGACACAAUGGGACAUAAAGCCUCCUGGGUACGAGAAUGUGACCGCCGAGCAGGCAAAGCUGUCUGGCAUGUUUCCCCUUCCCGGAGCCCCCCGGCAGCAGCCAAUGGAUCCAAGCCGUCUCCAAGCUUUCAUGAACCAGCCUGGCGGUGGAUCUGCAGACACAUCAGCCCUCAAACCCUCCAAUUCUCGACAAGCCAAGCGUCUAUUCGUCUAUAACCUACCACAAAACGUGACUGGGGACGGCCUUGCCUCGUUCUUCAACCUUCAGCUCAACGGACUUAAUGUAAUUCAAGGUAUUGACCCGUGCAUUUCUGCCCAGAUCUCCGACGAUCGUAGCUAUGCGCUGCUCGAGUUCAAGUCGCCCAACGACGCUACAGUUGCGCUUGCGUUUGAUGGAAUCACGAUGGAGGAGCACGCAAAUGCUGGCAAUGGAGCAGAGAAUGGUGCUCCCAAGGGUCUGGAAGUACGACGGCCCAAGGACUACAUUGUUCCCAACACUGCGGACCAAGAGCUCGAGGAGGGAAUGCUGUUGAAGGAUGUUCCGGACUCACCUAACAAAAUCUGCGUCUCGAAUAUUCCCCAAUACAUCCCAGAGGAGCCCGUGACAAUGCUCCUGAAGUCUUUUGGCGAGCUUAAGGCUUUUGUUCUAGUGAAGGACAGUUCCACCGAGGAGUCCAGGGGCAUCGCUUUCUGUGAAUACGUUGAUCCCGCAAUAACCACCAUUGCGGUUCAAGGACUCAAUGGGAUGGAGCUGGGAGAUCGUCACCUCAAGGUUGUCCGCGCUAGUAUCGGAAUGACACAGGCUGUUGGGUUAGACAUGGGAGUCAACGCGAUGUCAAUGUUCGCCAAGACAACAUCUCAAGAUCUCGAGGUCAGCCGGGUCUUGCAGCUGUUGAACAUGGUGACGUCGGAGGAGCUCAUGGACAAUGAAGAUUACGAAGAAAUCUGCGACGACGUACGCGAGGAGUGUUCCAAAUACGGACAGGUUCUUGAACUGAAGAUUCCGCGCCCGACGGGCGGCAGCCGACAGUCCCCCGGCGUGGGUAAGAUUUUCGUCAAGUUUGACACGAUUGAAUCGACAACCGCCGCGUUGAAGGCCCUUGCAGGCAGAAAGUUCUCGGAUCGCACAGUUGUCACAACGUACUUUUCUGAGGAAAACUUCGACGUCAACGCUUGGUAG